AUGGCUUCGAAUGAACCGAAUGCGAGGGCUUCGUCGGAGCAGAACAGUGUCCACGAAGAAGGACAAGGGGAUACAUCAUCGCGAUACGUGAGACCUUCACAGCCAAGUCCAAAUUAUGGGUCUUUAAACACGUUUCACAGAACUCCAACCCAGCCACAGGUCGUUCAAGACGCAGCGGACAGGGCGAACCAGAGACUCGGACCACGAGUACCUAAUUCCCCUGCGACUCGUCUCGACGGGCAAUCACCUUUGAACUCUCCCAUGUCACCUCAAACCUCCAACAAAUCCAAAAAACCUCCUGUAAUACGUCGCGCCUCAACCAAGAGGGCACUUCCACAACGCGGACAAGAGUUUUCGGUCGACGAUGACCUAUCUGAGCUCGAGGCCGACCAACAACCUCAGACAUUGCACUCUGCGGGCUUUCCACCGAAUCGAAAGCAGGAUGCCACCAUCAGGAGGCGUACAGCUGCACAAGUAACACCUUUAUUAAGAGUAGAUUCCGAAGAAGAGGAAGCGCCACAGACUCUACAUCGAAUGCAAUCACGAGAACAAGUGACUGAGGGCGGAGACGAUGUACCACCAGAUGAACAGGAACAGGAGGAAGCCAACGACGGGGAAGACGACGGUGAUGUUAGUGAUGCUGAAAGUUUCACUCUUAAAGACCGCCAAUUGGCUAUUAACCAAACACAUCCUUUCGGUAUAAGAAUUUGGAAACCUGCGCUGUACAAGAAGAACCGUUCCGUCGAGAAGACAGCGGAGGAGGACAUCCACUCAUCACCCAGCGCUGGCGUGACCACUUGGCUCUGGAUCUUCAAUUUUCUGUGGACCUUGCUGUUUGGCUGGUGGUUGGCCAUUGCUUGCUUGUUAUCCGCUGCGGCCUGCUUCGUCUUUGCCGUAGAUCCUACUGCGUUGGAGUACAGCAAAGUCUUCUGGGGCUUAGCACGUUAUCUCUUCUAUCCUUUUGGCCAGUUUGUCAAGCUGGAAGCUGAUCAGAAUUAUGCAGAGGAGGAUGAGGGGGAGGGCAGGAGCAUAAGUGAAUACGAGCGAUGGCAGACUGGAGACUUGGAACACGGUCGACUCUUCUUUGGUCCAACUCAUACUACUGGCUCUAUCAUCGGUCGACGUAGGAACAGCAUGGACUCAGCUAGCGAGCAAGACAGUCUGCUUGGACGGUCAGUCAGACAAGAUCGCAUCGACACCAACGCUCCCAGAAACAAGAGGAGGAUAUUCGGUCGUGGCCAAUGGACAAUCGGCAGGGUUGUCUUCUAUGGUCUUUUCUACUUCUUUGUGGCGCCACUGAUGCUUCUUGCCUCUGCGGCAUGCUGGAUGCUGGUGUUCUGGAUUCCUAUGGCUCGUGUCGUGUCGAUUCUCUUUUCGCACCUCCGCAGACACCCUCUCGCACUAUCAUUUCAUCCAGAUGCCAGCUACGCCCGAAGCUCCACAUCACCAUCCUCGGUUCUUCUCUGCACGUAUCGUGCUGUUGGUACGAAAUAUUGGAAAUACACCGUCGAUGGAACGAACGUUUUCCUCAUCAACUUGCUCGGGGUUGUUGCUUUCGUGAUUGUCGACUUCUUCCUCCUUGGUGAAGCACUCGGCCUCAGAAUAUGGCUGACUAGUCCGGCACUAUUGUUCAGCUUGGGUCUUCUCUCGGUAGUGCCGCUGGCCUACUUUAUCGGUCAGGCAGUGGCUUCAAUCUCCGCCCAGUCCUCGAUGGGCAUGGGUGCUGCAGUCAAUGCCUUUUUCUCCACAAUAGUGGAAGUCUAUCUCUACUGUGUGGCUCUGAAGGAGGGCAAGGGAAAACUCGUGGAGGGCAGUAUCAUUGGAAGUAUUUUUGCUGGUAUUCUGUUCUUGCCUGGUUUGUCUAUGUGCUUUGGUGCCAUCAAACGAAAGACACAGCGAUUCAACGUGAAGUCUGCCAGCGCAACGUCGACAAUGUUACUAUUUGCGGUCAUUGCAGCUUUCGGCCCAACGCUGUUCUACAAGAUCUAUGGUAGCCAUGAACUCGUUUGCUAUUCUUGUAGUACCAUAGAUAGCCUGGACGGAGAACCAAACCGGGACUGUCGGAGGUGCUAUUUUCGACAGAUACCCGCCGUCAACGAUGACUUCUUCGUGGAUGCCGUCCGACCGUACUGCUGGUUCGCUGCCGUUAUGCUUUUUAUCUCUUACAUAAUUGGUCUACUUUUCACCCUGCGAACACAUGCAGCGGUCAUUUGGACCACAGAGGGCGAAGAGAAAAAAACUGCACAGCCUUCUACAGCAGAGGUGAGCCCUUUGGAAACUCGCCACCAUAGCAUAGCGAAUGGUCAAUUGUUGGCAGCGCCCAGUCCUUCUUUUAUACCCACUAAUUCAGUGCGUGAUUCGGCGCUUUACAAGAGGAUCCUUGGUCAAUCACUGAAGCAGUUCGGGGUGAAUGUACCAGAGUCAGAUCGGUCAGGGGAUCAACUAUCCAGCCACAAGAGUCCAUCUCUCAGCCAUAGCCAAGAAAUAGACCAUAACAAAUCAGAGACAACAGAGACUCCCCAUGUUGUUCCUCCCAAGAACAAGAGUGGGGGAAACGGCACUGUUAACAUACCAGGAAUGCCAACUCUUACCGAGGAGGAGAAUCAUCAUCUUGCAACAUAUGUUGCUGAAGUAGCUGCUACAGCAGCCACUGUCGCCGCUCGAGACGCUACGAAGGCUCCACGUCGGGCUUCCUUUCAUGCUCAGCAUUCUUACCUAGGUGGCAAAACCAGUCGGCCUCAAUCGAUUCGCCAUGGACAUAGCAUCGAAGCACAUCCACCUACCACGGCGGUAGAGCCAGCUGCACACGCCUCUGGGGAAGGGGCCGGUGGUCAUGAUGCACCCAAUUGGUCCAGAACGAAAUCUUCGGUCAUCUUGUGCGGUGCCACGGUGGCCUAUGCACUUAUUGCGGAAGUUCUCGUCCAUACCGUUGACGUUGUUUUGCAGUCUGUGGAUAUUGACGAAAAGUUUCUCGGCAUCACGCUUUUUGCCUUGGUCCCCAACACCACCGAAUUCCUGAACGCUAUUUCGUUUGCAAUGAAUGGCAACAUCGCUCUGAGCAUGGAGAUUGGAUCCGCAUAUGCUUUGCAGGUCUGUCUUCUCCAGAUCCCUGCCCUUGUCCUCUUCUCCGCUAUUCAUGGAAGGUGGAUUGAUCCGACCGACUUGCUCGAUCACACCUUCAGCCUCAUCUUCCCUCAAUUCGACAUGGUGACGGUGAUUCUGUGCGUGUUCCUCCUGAGUUAUAUGUACGGAGAAGGGAAAAGCAACUACUUCAAGGGCGGUAUCCUGAUUCUCACCUACCUGGUGGUGAUUAUGGGCUUCUACUACUCGGGAUAUACACGCUUUGAUGUGAUGGGUGUAGAUCCGAGCGACACUCUCGCCAUCAUGUCUUCUCCGGGAAUGUCAAGCAUGGCUGCUGGCCGGCAGCUUUCUGUUCCUCGCCGAGAGUUGUGA